GGGCAAUAUAAACAUAAAUAAGACAAGUGGAAGUGCUUGUACCCUGGCCCGUGUUUCUCUGAGAUGGGGUUAGUUUGUUGGCAUGGAUUCCAUUAGUGCCGGAAGGAGCAAGCCGUGACCGACCUGGAGACUGCGGUUCUCUGCCCUUCACACAGCUCUUUCACCAUGCCAGGAUCACUUCCACUGAAUGCAGAAGGCUGUUGGCCAAAGGAUGUGGGGAUUGUUGCCCUUGAGAUCUAUUUUCCUUCUCAAUAUGUUGAUCAAGCUGAGCUGGAAAAAUAUGAUGGUGUGGAUGCUGGGAAGUACACCAUUGGCUUGGGCCAGGCCAAGAUGGGCUUCUGCACAGACAGAGAAGAUAUCAACUCUCUCUGCUUGACUGUGGUUCAGAAUCUUAUGGAAAGAAAUAACCUCUCCUAUGACUGCAUUGGGCGGCUGGAAGUUGGAACAGAGACAAUCAUCGACAAAUCAAAAUCAGUGAAGACUAAUUUGAUGCAACUGUUUGAGGAGUCUGGGAAUACAGAUAUAGAAGGGAUAGAUACAACCAAUGCAUGCUAUGGAGGCACAGCUGCUGUCUUCAAUGCUAUCAACUGGAUUGAAUCUAGCUCUUGGGAUGGUCGAUAUGCCUUGGUGGUUGCAGGAGAUAUUGCCAUAUAUGCCACCGGAAAUGCCAGGCCUACAGGUGGAGUUGGGGCUGUUGCUCUACUGAUUGGGCCAAAUGCUCCUUUAAUUUUUGAGCGAGGGCUUCGUGGGACACACAUGCAGCAUGCCUAUGACUUUUACAAGCCUGAUAUGCUCUCUGAGUAUCCAAUAGUUGAUGGAAAACUCUCUAUACAGUGCUACCUCAGUGCAUUAGACCGCUGCUACUCUGUCUACCGGAAGAAGAUCCGUGCCCGGUGGCAGAAAGAGGGAAAUGAUAAAGAUUUCACCUUGAAUGACUUUGGCUUCAUGAUCUUUCACUCGCCAUACUGUAAACUGGUUCAGAAAUCUCUAGCUCGGAUGUUGCUGAACGACUUCCUUAAUGACCAGAACAGAGAUAAGAACAGUAUCUACAGUGGCCUGGAAGCCUUUGGGGAUGUUAAAUUAGAAGAUACCUACUUUGACAGAGAUGUGGAAAAAGCGUUUAUGAAGGCUAGUUCUGAACUCUUUAAUCAGAAAACAAAGGCCUCCUUACUGGUAUCAAAUCAGAAUGGAAAUAUGUAUACAUCUUCAGUAUAUGGUUCCCUUGCUUCUGUUCUAGCACAGUACUCACCCCAGCAGUUGGCAGGGAAGAGGAUUGGCGUGUUCUCCUAUGGUUCUGGUCUGGCUGCCACUCUUUAUUCUCUGAGAGUUACCCAGGAUGCCACACCAGGGUCUGCCCUGGAUAAAAUAACAGCAAGUUUAUGUGAUCUUAAGUCAAGACUUGACUCAAGAACUUGCGUGGCACCGGAUGUUUUCGCAGAAAACAUGAAGCUCCGAGAGGACACUCAUCACUUGGCCAACUAUAUUCCCCAGUCUCCAGUAGAUUCGCUCUUCGAAGGCACGUGGUACCUUGUCAGAGUGGAUGAGAAGCACAGGAGAACGUAUGCUCGGCGCCCCUUUCCAAAUGACGACACUCUGGUUGAGGGAGGAGGGCUUGUCCACUCGAGCACAGCUACUGAGCAUAUUCCAAGUCCUGCCAAGAAAGUGCCAAGACUCCCUGCCACAGCAGCAGAACCCGAGGCAGCUGUCAUUAGCAAUGGGGAACACUGAGACACUCUGAGAUGCUCAAGACUUCUGUGUGGGCUUUGGGGUGGGGGUGGGGUGUGGGACUGGCUCCAGGAAUGGGGCUUCUGGGGACAAUUUUAAAGGAUUACAUGACUCUUCAAUUUUUCUGUGACUGACUUGGAGCCUGGAAAGCUCUAGUGUUCUUGGGGAAGUCUCUUUGCCCAAUUUGCUCUGUGCUUCCUGUUGCGGUCUGGCCAAUGCUAUGUGUCCUCAAAUGAUGUUAAGGGCUCUGUGAAGACGUCAUACCUCUUUGGGCAUUUGUUGCAUGAAGUUUAGAUUUUAAACAUGGUAUAACCAAUCGUGUGCUUCUGUAAGAAAAAAGAGGCACUAGUCUCCGAUUAAAACCUUUUUCUUUUUUUAAUGUAUAAGAAUUUUAUACUUUGGACAAACCAGAUUACUGAAAGAACCUGCAAUUUGUGAACAACUUUUCUAACUUAGGGAGUGUGGUCUUAAAAAAAUGCGGUAUGCACUAACCCUGUUUGAAACUGGCAAAACAAACCUGCUUUUGGGGAGUAAUACCUAUAAAUCCUAAAGGGGAAAAAAUGUUGGAAUAAUAGCACUGUUUUGGGGAUCUGGAAUGUUGCCUUAGGUCCAGGCCAACAGCGACACACAUCAUGGUAAUGCCGUCUGAACAGAGCGUUGCUGGCAGUGAGCAGGCUUCGGGUGGAGAAGCAUGGUACAUUUGGGAGCCAUGGUUACAGCUGGGCAAAUGCUCAUGGAUUCACCGAGCAGCGGCAAGAAGGUCCUGGGGGUGAGAGGAGGACGUUUGUUGUUGAAGCCCUGCUUCGUACCUUAUAAAUGAGAUAUUUUUUCUGGCUGCUUUUUCAAAAACGAAAUGGAAGAAGGGGCAUUAUUAGGUUACUUUUGAUGCUUCAGUGUUAAAAACUCAGCUUAAAGACUGACAACCUAAAUUCAUGAAAGGUAUAGCGUUAUUUUUUUCUUUUUUCUUUAUUUUGUGUGUGUGUGUCUGCUCAAUAAGAAGUACAACUGAAGUUUUUACAUAAUCUUACUAGACAAAAAUAUUGCACUUCAAGUUCUGGAAGUAGGAUUUAUAAAGCAUUUUCUCAGACUUUCACCUUAAAAAAAAAAAAAACUACAGGAACUACCCCAAGGGCUGAGUAAGAUGGGUCACGCGGUUUUGUAGAUCUUUCUGGUGCUGAGCCAUGACAUGAGCCUUAUAGACUGUAAAAUAGAUAGUUGGAACUAAUGUACAGAAGCAAAUUUUUUAAACUUUAUUCGCUAUUAAAUUCUGUGAAGUUUCAGUUAUCUAAAAUAAGCAUACAAAAAUAUGUAAUGUUUCAGAUUGCAAGUUAUUAUGUAAUGUAGUGUUUGUAAAAUACUCUUGUCUAAUAUGAACUAGUAGUGUUCUGAUUUGUACAGUCAUAAUUUGUUAAGGUGAGUUCAUUUUAAUAUACACUGAUGUAGAGUAAUAAUGUGAGUUCAGAUUUAAAGGAUGGUGGGGAAAUGAUGCAUGUGAUAGUUUUGCAAGCAUUGGGAGUUCAGUGGGUUUUGAAAGGAGUAAUUUAAGUUUUGGGUGCCAGAACAUGGGUUUUCUCAGUGUCCAUUGCCGGCAAUGGGCGGGCCUGGUGAUACUGGCACGGCAUUAUCCCUACACCUUACUGGCAAGGUGAAUAACUUUGAAAUAAAGUUUUAGAGAAAUA